CCGAGUCGGUAUGUGCACACAGAGAACCUGAAGAAAAUCAUCGUGAAACGAUCAAGAGAAUUCUACCUCUAUCGCGAAUUCUAUCUAAGAAGACUACGUUCGAACAGAAUAAUCUAAUCGUGAUUCCGUGACGGCACAGUGGAAAUACAGUGAAGGAAUCGACGAAGAAGGUUCACAUACCUGUUCAAGUGAACGUACCAUGGAAUUGCAGGAGAUGUUUCGUUACGGAUACAUGUUCCCACCUAGAGAAGACGAAGUUGUAUCCUGCACCUACCUGGACUUACCGAGUUAUCCUUAUUCGAAGAGCAAGACUGAUCUCCCUCCGGUAAGCACGAUCACGGUACCCCAGUGCAUCGUCUAUGACGGGAAUCACAGUGACGGCUGGCACACGCCAAGUCCAACCGCCAGUCUCAGAUCGGUUAGUCCUGCGACCACCCUAUCUGAACCUGACACGAUCACCACUUCGGUUACCUACCGUAUCCUAGGCUCGGUGGAUGAAUUGAACAAGAGGUACACCACGAAGAGGAAUCAAUCCGCAAUGGGCACCGAGACGAAGCAUAAUACGAACAUGGUGGAUCUAACGGAGGAAGUAAAUAGUAUGGACGCGGACACCGAUGGAACCGGGGAUGUCGAGAUCGAAACGGAUCACGAGAAGGCACAAUCGUGUCGAGGUAGUGUGAUCAGCAAUUCUAGUAGUUUCUCAGAUAGAAUCGUGGACGCUGAUAGCGAAGACGAGGCUGAAAUGAGCGACAGUCCAGAUCACGUAGGAUCCGGAAACGGAGGCAGUGGUGUCAGAAGAAGAGGUAAAUACGUCAACUCGACGAUCGUUAGGAAACGCAGACUGGCGGCAAACGCAAGGGAAAGAAGACGAAUGCAGAAUUUGAAUAAAGCCUUCGACAGACUGAGGGCUUAUCUUCCGUCCUUGGGCAACGAUAGACAAUUGUCCAAAUACGAAACUCUUCAAAUGGCACAGUCUUAUAUCACAGCUCUGUACGAUUUGUUGCAAUGAGAAUGAAUUAUUUUCCCACGUGAAAAUAUAUUUUUAAGAUAUUCCGAACUGUGUUAAUGAAAUUAAUGAAAAAUUGAGGUAUUAGGUUCUUUUGUGAUUCUCAGAUUGAUAUUGUUUACCGUUUAUUGUGACGAAUGGACAGUUUCAUAAGCUAUAGUUAUAGAAUUUCGUUUCAACAAAAAUAUGCUUCCAAUUAAAACAUUAGCUUCUUUUUCUUCUUCUUUUGUAUUUAUCGUAUGUGAUGGUGAUCAU